AUGUUGAUAUGUAAAGCAAAAUGGCUAAAAUCAACACCCAGCAUUCCUACCCUAGUAUGCACAGGCUGUCUGUCAGAGCCUCUGAUGAUGAUGUCGAACGAAUUGAAAAUGGCUUUAGCAGGACCCAUUCACUGUGUGAGGACACAUGUUCAGAAUUGCAGAGAGUCAUUUCCGUGGAGACAAGAGGCCCGUCAGAAUCACGGAGGGGCUCGUUCACAGGCAGGGGAGCAAUGGCCAGGGUGUCUCAGUUCAUGAUAUCUCUGAGAUCAUGGGCCACAAGGCAUUUGCAUCAUGAAGACCAAAGGCCGGAUUCUUUCCUUGAACGUAUUCGAGGGCCAGACCUCAAAGAAGUGUCCAGCAGGGAAAGCAACGUUCACUCCAAUUUGGGAAACCCUGAGCAGCCAGCUGGACGGAAACGUCACUGGUCCUUGGCCAGAUAUAAUGUCAACUACAGCAACAACACCAAUGAAGACAAGAAGGAAGAUGAUAAAGAUGUUAAGGAGGAGAAGAAAGAGGAAAAGAAGGAGGAAAAGAAAGAUGACAAAAAAGAUGAUAAGAAAAAAGAAGAGAAGAAGAAAGAAGUCCUUGUGAUUGAUCCUUCAAGCAAUCUGUAUUAUAGGUGGCUGAGCAUAAUUGCUGCACCCGUGUUUUAUAACUGGUAUAUACUAGUGUGCAGAGCCUGUUUUGAUGAGCUACAAAUGGACCAUAUUAAGUUAUGGCUGCUCUUAGACUACUGCUCUGAUAUGGUAUAUGUUUUUGACACACUCAUCAGAUUCAGGACAGGCUUCCUUGAACAAGGCCUACUAGUUCGGGAUGAAAAGAAGUUGAGAGAACGGUAUACCUCAACAGUUCAGUUCAAACUUGAUAUGCUCUCGCUUGUACCAACAGACCUGGCCUAUUUCAAAUUUGGUUUGAAUUACCCUGAACUGAGGUUUAACCGCCUGCUGAGGUUUUCCAGGCUAUUUGAGUUUUUUGACCGCACAGAAACCAGGACAAACUACCCAAAUAUAUUUCGGAUUGGAAAUCUUGUCUUAUACAUUCUCAUAAUCAUCCACUGGAAUGCCUGUAUAUAUUUUGCGAUAUCAAAGAUGAUUGGGUUUGGAACCGACUCCUGGGUCUACCCCAAUAUAUCCCAUCCAGAGUAUGGCCGUCUAUCCAGAAAGUACAUUUACAGUUUGUACUGGUCAACACUGACACUGACAACCAUUGGAGAGACCCCACCUCCAGUGAAGGAUGAAGAAUUUUUGUUUGUGGUCAUUGACUUCUUGGUGGGUGUGCUCAUCUUUGCUACCAUUGUUGGUAAUGUAGGCUCUAUGAUUUCCAAUAUGAAUGCUUCCAGGGCAGAGUUCCAGGCCAAAAUUGAUUCCAUAAAACAGUAUAUGCAUUUUCGCAAAGUGAGCAAGGAUUUAGAGGCCAGAGUGAUUAAGUGGUUUGAUUACCUCUGGACCAACAAGAAAACAGUGGAUGAGAAGGAGGUUCUUAAAAGCCUGCCUGACAAGCUGAAGGCUGAAAUUGCCAUCAAUGUCCAUUUGGACACACUCAAGAAAGUGCGUAUAUUCCAAGAUUGCGAAGCUGGUCUUCUGGUUGAGCUAGUGCUGAAGCUGAGACCCACAGUCUUUAGUCCUGGAGACUAUAUUUGCAAAAAGGGAGAUAUUGGGAGAGAAAUGUACAUCAUUAAAGAAGGGAAGUUGGCUGUAGUGGCAGAUGAUGGUGUAACACAGUUUGUGGUCCUAAGUGAUGGUAGCUACUUUGGAGAAAUUAGCAUCCUAAAUAUCAAAGGUAGCAAAUCUGGUAACAGGAGGACAGCCAACAUCAGGAGCAUUGGCUAUUCAGAUCUGUUUUGUUUGUCUAAAGAUGAUCUGAUGGAAGCCCUUACUGAAUAUCCUGAUGCCAAAAAGGCAUUAGAAGAAAAAGGACGGCAAAUUCUGAUGAAGGACAAUUUAAUAGAUGAGGAAGCAGCAAAAGCAGGAGCUGACCCUAAAGACUUGGAAGAAAAGGUGGAAAGACUUGAAACUGCUCUAGAUAAUCUACAGACGAGGUUUGCUAGGCUCCUGGCAGAAUAUAACUCGAGCCAACAGAGAGUCAAGCAGAGACUCAAUGAAGUAGAGAGCACUGUGAAGAAAUAUGGAACUAGUCCUUUAUGUGAAGCAGAAGGGGAAGCCGCAAAGUCAGAGGAGGAGCAAAAUAAAUAAUAGUUUGUUUGUAUUUCUUCUGUUAAUAUAGAAUAUUGCAACAUGUAAAAGCCAUAAACAUAUAUAACUGUGUGUGUGUGCAUGUGAGAACACACACAAUUAUUUUUAUAUGAACUCCAAAGUAUUUUUUUUAGAGUUUUUAACUAAAGUUAUAUUUUAAUGUAAAUAGAAAGUUGUUACCUUUCCAUUGUUUUUAGAAGGUGGCUUUGGAUUGUCACUUGGGUAUACUUUUGUACUUCUCACAGGUUUCUUACAAGUCAUACUUAGACUGUCUUGACUGUGCUGUCUGCAGGUCCUGAAACAUUUAAUUUUGUUCCUCUCUUCCCAUGCAGUUUCUGUAAAGCUGGAAUUAUAUGUAAAAUCAUAGUGGACAUGAUCAAAAGAGGAGAAAGUCCUGUAUUGGUACCUAACUUUCCUGUUUGCACAUCCUAUAACAUAUGAUAGGAACUUACUACACACAUGUAAUGAGUCCAGACUACCCAAAAUCUAUAUCUUUCACAGCAACGCACUCUGUCCACGUUAAGGAACUUGGCUAACAACAAGAAAGUAGAAGGCAGGGUAGAUUUGCACCUUACAGACUAAGUAAAGGAGAGAGAGCAAGAGAGAGAGAGAGCAUGCACAAGCUUUUGUGAGCUUUCGUAGUAUCCAGCUUACGAACCCUAAUAUAGACAUUAUUGACAAUAUUUAUACACACACAUGUAUAUACACACAGACACUUUGGUUAGUCUAUAAGGUGCAAAUCCACCCUGCAUUUUACUUAACCUGGCAGAGUUAACUACAUUUCUAAUAAUGGGAAAGACCUACCUGGUAUAUACAGCCUGUUACAUUGUGUAUGAAAUGCUCACAUACUUAGAUGGUACAGACAGACAAUUUCCUACUACACUAGACAUUGGUAAGUCCUGAUAACACAGCCAUAGGUGUUUGAUGGGUUCUCAGCUCAGCCCUGCAGCUGCUUCACUGUUUGGCUGUGUUUGUGAGGCUGCAUUAAUUCUUUCCAGUCCCUUCCAUACUGAAAAUAUCCCUACUUAAAAAGAACCUGGGAAGGCCACCACUAGUUGAGGGAAUCCCAGCAAUAUGACUCCAUUAAAACUGAGCAGAGACCCCCAAGGGCCUCCAUGCAUGGGCCCCUAACUUGCUUGCCAGCCUUUGGGAUCACUGCUAGUUCUGACGGUAGAAAUAUUUUUGUUUAUUUUGCCUGGGGCCAUCCUGAUGAAAUCAUCUGGGAUAUGUUCUCGAAGGGGAUCCUCACAGGCUUUAUUUUCUCUCAGAUCCUCACCUGCAGGGACUUCUGGAGUGCAAAGUGAUCCAGGGCCCUGCUAGGAGGUCUUUCCUGAUAUUCAUCCUAAUUUUUCAUUGACUUGAUUUCAGUUUAUUAUUACUACUCAUUACUCUCAUGUGCCAGCCCACACAAUUCCUCUUUUAGCGCCUUCAAAUAUUCAAAGAUUAUUAUUGUGUCUCUGCUUAUGCUUUCUUUAGACAAAACCAAGAAAAGAAUAGUAUUAACUUCUCAACAGGUCAACCCCUUUAGGUCUCAAAUAGUCUUACUAGCUCUCAAAACAUGCUGUAGAUGGUCAGUAGGUUUCUGGCAAUAGCUAGCCUUGAAUACAACACAACACCCCAGAUGCAAUCAUCACCAGCAUCACAUUCAGGGCAAAAAAUAUAUUGAGUAUUUUUACUGCCACAUCACACUGUGACCUCUUGUCUAGAAUCUUAUGCCAUAAUCUCAUUCGCCUACUCUGAGCCUUAUUACCUUACCACUUUUUGGGUGUUUGUCUUUCCUAUUGGGUAUGGUUUUUGUAUUCUCCAGGUAACAGGCCAAGCCUGGUUACUGAGAGUAGAGCUAGGUAGUAGAGAUAAAGCUGCAGAGCCACAGAUAAUGGCAACUAAUUAGCAAGUAUCCUUUUUUUGUCUGAUAAAAAAAAAAUCUCCAAUUUUGGAAUUUAAGAAAGUAACCCAAAA